AGAAAGCCAGCAGAAUAACCGGAAACACGCACGGUGUUAAAGCGCGCGCUAGAGCAUUCCGUUCCUCAGUCGUGCAUAAGUUAACGGUUCCACCGAGCCAUCCUACACAGAAGACCACGCGCCAGGAAAUACGAUACGACACGUCGCGAAUACUACAGUUUCGCGAUCUGCUGGCACUGCAGGAUGAAGACCGUGCUCAUCACUGGAGCCUCUGGUUUGCUAGGGAGGUCCCUGGUUAAAGCAUUUCAGGGCGCCUCUUGGAACGUCACCGGUCUCGCUCACAGCAGGGCUUCGGGGGACUUGCUUAACGUGGACCUUACUGACCGCCAGCAAACAGAAAAAAUCGUGAAGGAAAGAAAGCCAAACGUCAUCGUGCAUUCAGCUGCUCAGCGGUUUCCUGACAAGGUUGAGAAAGAUUACGACGCCAGCUACGCGCUUAACGUCACUGCAUCCAAAGAUCUAGCAGUUGUAGCCGAUUCCGUGGGAGCCGUGUUCAUCUUCAUAAGCACAGAUUAUGUGUUUGAUGGACGGAACCCGCCCUACUCCGAGGACGCGAAGCCCAACCCUUUGAACAAGUACGGCACGACUAAAGCAGAGGCCGAGAAAGCAGUGCUCACUGCGAAAUCAGACUCAAUUGUGCUGCGCGUGCCCGUGCUGUACGGUGGGGAGGAGUACGCGUCGGAGAGUGCCGUGUCCGUCUUGUGCCAGCUGCUGAACGACCGCUCGAAGCACGUGAAGGCGUCGGAUUUCGAGAUCCGCUACCCUUCUCACACGGAGGACAUUGCGUACAUCGUUGUCCAGCUCGCCGAGCGUCGAUUACAGGAGCGUAGCGUGAGCGGCGUGUACCAAUGGUGCGGCCUAGAGCCUCUGACCAAGUACGGCAUGGUGCGCGCCAUCGGCCAGGCUCAUGGGCUCAACACCGACCACGUGUCUCCGGAUCCUGAGCCCAGCAGCGGGGCCCCGAGGCCCCGAGACUGCCGGCUCGAGCACACCAGGCUGGAGAAGCUCGGCAUCGCCCGCCACACGCCUUUCGCCGAGGGUGUCGCUGGCUUCGCAAAGUUCCUGCAGCCCGUCAGCGCCGCCGAGCAGCACGCCGUGUAACGAAUUCGAUCGCCGCCAUGUUUUUCUUUCACUCGUGCGACAUCGGUGUUUCGAUGGUCACGUUGGUGAGAUAGCAGGGAUUAUACUAUAGAGAGCUUCUAAUGCAGGGGUCGACGAUAUGCACAAGACUGAAUUAUAAAACACACCAAAGGCGCUGUGUGUUGA